AUGCUAUCAAAGUGCUUCAGACUGGACAGGGAUGAACCGCUCAGUGCUACUUUACCAAAUGUCGGAUCGUUCGCUCCAAGUCCACUAGUGCUUCGCUUUCAACCUCAUAUAACUUUGCAAGGAUCCAAGCCAAUCGCUCCAUGGGCUACAGCUGAUGAAGUUGAAGAAGCAAGUCAAUUAAAUAUACCGGACAUUGCACCUCUAUCUCCGUUGAUCGACUUGGGAUCGGAUCAUAUCUACAACGAUAAAGCUGUGGUUGCUCGACCGGACACAUCGCUAGCACUUCAUACGAUACUGUGGUCGCGAGAACAGGAUCAGAAGUAUCCAUGGACAAAAGAACAAAAUGCUGCAAACGCAGUUAUGCACACAUUUGGGGCCGCAGUGGCGGAAGCGACACGAAGGAAUACUUCGAGGGAUUUGAAGAAGGACCCUGUGGUAGUCAAAGGUGUGCAACUUGUGGAUGGCAAGAUGGAUCUCAUCACCUUCCAGUUGAAUACAUUGAAUUUAACUUCUGACGAGCCCACUAAAAAUAUCGUUUGGGUUGAGAAAGCAUGUCCUCUAUAUAAGCCGAAACCUUUCUAUGAGCAGCUCACGGAGGUACCACAUGUAAAUAUGGAUACAUGGAAAAAAUUUGUUGCACUGUUGUGGAAUAAGGUUACCUUACUUUUCUUUGCUGUAUCGGCUCUUGAUCUUCUUGGUGAACUAGACAAACUUCUGACUGACGAUCGCAGAAAGUCCAUCAUUGAUUGGAUCUACAAGCUACAAGUUACCGGACCAGGUUUGUUCAUUCGAGGGUUCUUUUUGUGUUUCCUUCCGCUGAAGUCUUGGCACGUUUCAACACAGUUCCGUGGUUUUUCUUUCAUUUGCUUUCAUAAAGCUAAUGCACCAGUUAUUGCCGGUUACAUCGAGCCGAUUCUGCCUCGGAAGUCUCUAAAGGUCGUUCCACGGCGACCUCCUGGCAGUUUCCGAUGCGACAUGGAUAGUAAUAUGUUGAGAUACGUAAAUCUACUAGCGUCUUCUCGGCGAAAUGAGCGGGAGCUCAGGUUGUGGAGGGUGGCUGAAGGUUCCCAUCAAAAAACCAUCGAAGAGUUCGGUAUCGAGGUGCAAGAUGGAGUCUUAUCAUCGAAAGGAGAAGCUAGGCGCGAGCUGAGUAUGAGCGAUCCUAUUCAAGAAUUACGGGUCAGUCAGCAAAGUGGAGAGUUCUGGGUUCGCUGUAAACGAAAUUUGAGCGUGGUCAACCUGCGCACCGGUGAUCAAGAGCUCGUUUUCAGGAGCGCGGUGCGAUGUUUUGAAGAGAAUGCUCUACUCCCUGGUGACGUCACUUUGUGUGAUAUGGGUGGAAUGGUAUGGAGUGGUGCUAUUGGGUCCCCUUUGUCGAGGACGAAGAGCUCGUGUAAUGAGAUAAAGUUGAUUUCUCAUAGUGACCAUCCUCGUGUAGUUUUUGCGUCUUCGGAUCAUGAAGUUCGCACAUUCGACCUUCGUCUGGAUAGCGCUGCUUGUUCUACUACCCUCUUUGAAGUUCCUGAACUUGAUAAAAAGGGUCUGAUGGAUCAAGUGGUAUACGUUCCGGAGGAUUCUUGGACAAGGCCAGUCAUCUAUCAUCUCCGAGCGGUUCCAGAGCGUCCGCAUAACUUCUUGGUGGUGACAUCGCAUUCUGCUUACCUCUGCGAUGAUCGUUACCCGAAGGCAACUGUUCUCACCCUCCCACAUACCAUUCCAUAUGGUUCACAUGUUAUGUUGACGACACCACCAGUGGUAGAUCCUCUUGGAACAGGCCAUAUAUUUUCAACGUACUUCCUCGAUCACCUAAUGACGGAUAUAUCCGUCUUACGGCUAUAUAGCCAUGAAUGCGAAGUGUGGUCGUCCGUGAUGCCGAUACAUUGCUUGGGCAACUACUCGGAUUAUGAAAAAGCUGUGAUGCCUUCAUAUGCGCUUUACCGUGUACAUCUACCCCGUGAACCAGUCAUGGGAAUGGCUGUCGUGCAAGGAUAUAAAGACCAGCGUGGACGACCAAUUGAGUUCCUGCUAAGAUCAUCAGCUAAUGGAAGCGUAUGGUUCCAAACUAUGCGAUAUGGUAGAGUGGAGAGCUCUGAAGAUAGGGAUUUGUGGGCAGCUAGCCGGAAACGUCUGGAGAGGUCGGUUUCAUUAAUGACAGAGGAAGACGAGUACGUUCAGCGGCUUCCUGAUACCCUGCGUCAACCAGCGUCAUCGCUAAGCACGGUUAUCGAUAUAGAAAUGGAUGAUGAAAACGUUCCAGGGCCCAGUAAAGGAAAAAUCGACCCAUUACAGAAGAAUGUCUACAAGGAAUGCAAAACACUAAGUUUGCUGGAGCCUUCCCAUCCAAACGCAGUUCUCCCUUCCAUUGUUAAUAACGUUUGGAAAGAGUCAAUGGAAAAGAGCUGUAUUUUUAGGUAA